AUGGCACAAGGAGAAGCACCACUCCUGCUGCUUUUCCUCACCAGGCUGGUGUCAUCAACAUGGUAUGAAGGUUCUGGCUAUGACACUACUGAGAGGUACAACAAUGAAGUGUAUGUGGAAGAGGCUCCCCAAGCUCCUGCCUUGGACUAUCGAGUUCCCCAGUGGUGCUAUUCAUUAAACGUCCACCACGGAGAGGCGACCUGCUACUCCCCCAGGGGAGGGAAUUACCGCAGCAGCCUGGGGACGCGCUGCGAACUCUCAUGCGAUCGAGGUUUCCGGCUAAUAGGACGGAGGUCAGUGCAGUGCUUGCCGAGCCGGCGCUGGUCUGGCACUGCCUACUGCAGACAGAUCCGGUGCCAUGUGCUGCCUGCAGUGAUGAGCGGCUCCUACCAGUGUUCAGCCGGGGCGCUGCUGGACUCUCACUGUGAUUACUCCUGCCUCCCCGGGUACCACCUGGAGGGUGACCGCAGCCGGAUGUGCAUGGAGAACGGGCGGUGGAGCGGCAGCGAGCCAAUCUGUGUAGAUAUUGAGCCCCCCAAGAUCCGAUGCCCGGAGACACGAGAGAGGAUGGCGGAGCCAGAGAAGCUGACAGCCACUGUGUACUGGGACCCACCCCAUGUGAAGGACUCUGCUGAUGGCAUCAUCAAACGAGUGACACUGCGGGGCCCAGAACCUGGGUCUGAGUUUCCAGAGGGGGAGCAUGUUAUCCGUUAUAUCGCCUACGACCAGGCCUACAACCGAGCCAGCUGCAAAUUCAUCGUCCGAGUCCAAGUAAGACGCUGCCCUGUUCUGAAGCCGCCGCAGCACGGCUACCUCAGCUGCACCUCUGAAGGCAAUAACUACGGUGCCACAUGCGAGUACUUAUGUGAUGGGGGCUAUGAACGCCAAGGGAGCCCCUCCCGCGUCUGCCAGUCCAGCCGCCACUGGUCGGGAUCCCAGCCCAUUUGUGUGCCUAUGCAGAUCAACGUGGACGUGAACUCGGCCGCUGGCCUCCUGGAUCAGUUCUAUGAGAAACGCCGUCUCCUGAUAGUCUCUGCUCCUGACCCCUCCACUCGCUACUACAAGAUGCAGAUCGCCAUGUUGCAGCAAGCCACCUGUGGGCUGGACCUGCGGCAUGUCACCAUCCUCGAGCUGGUGGGGCAGCCCCCCCACGAGGUGGGCCGCAUCCGUGAACACCAGCUCUCAGCUGACAUCAUCGAGGAGCUCAGACAAUUUCUGCACAUCACCCGCUCCACUUUUAACAUGGUGCUGAUUGACAAGCAGGGCGUGGACCGCGAGCGCUAUAUUGAGCCCGUUACCCCUGAGGAGCUCUUCACCUUCAUUGACACCUACUUGCUGAGCAGCCAGGAGGUCACCCAGCGAGCACAAAGCAGGGACAUGUGUGAAUGA